UCCCAAGAUUCUGAAUUCCAUUAUCUUCCCACAACCUUCAACUUCCGAGCCCAUCGCCACAUGACUUAUUAUCUCACCCCUGUCACAUUUCUUUAAUUUAUUUACAAUGGCGACCGAUUUCCCCAAGUUUCCUCUUUUACCAAUAGAACUGCGUCGCAAAAUCUGGAGCUUCUGUAUCCCAGACGGCCGUGUCUUCGAAUUCGAUAUGCCCCAUCGAAUGGUGGUGGGGACAAUAUGCUCUACGCCCCUGACGUCAAUUGCGAAUGCGAAACCACCAAUCUUUAGCCAGGUAUGCCGUGAGUCGCAUGAUGUGGCUUUCACGGAGGGUGGAUUUCUAGAGGAACUGACAGAUGGACGAAAAGCGAAGGGGCUCGAAGAGCUACCAGAAUUCGACGAUAUUAACACGAUUAACGGAAUUGACAAUCCGUGGUUUUGCCCCAAAACUGAUACUGUCCAUCUUAACUGGGUGCCGAGUUACGAUCCGUUAUUUGACUCGGACCACGAUCCCAUUCCAGCGCUUGUCGCUCAUGCUGGCAUUUCCCACGGUGGCUCGAUCAUGGCGGAAGUUGUAAUGGCGUUCCGGAAAGAGUAUCCGUUUUUAUUGGGCCAUCCCACACGCCUACACUUUCAUACAGGCAAAAAUGGCUUCCCAAUUGAAAGUUUGAAUGGAUUCAAGGUCUGCCUCUUGACUAUCAACAUUCAUAGCACCGAUACUCGGGUCGUUGCGUCAGGACUUUUUGGAAGCCUAGCCGCCCCCAUUCAGCUCGUUGAUGCUAUGGACCGAGGGACCAUUCGUCGUAUGUACGAGCUUUGGCGGACUACUUUUGAUAGCGAUUCUGAUUUAAAGGAUUCUGAGCCCGCAAAAAUAUUUGAGGAGAUGAUUCUCGCGCCCGACGAUUUCGAGUCACGUGUUAACCUGUGGCAUGAAACUGUUGAGCGAUAUUGGCUCUGGGAACGGUGGGCAAAAAAGUUUCAUGAGGGAACGCUGAAUACUAUCUCAUCGCCCGAGGAUGUUUUCACAGGACCUAAAUUUGAUCAAAAAGGAAAUGCAGUGACAGGUCUUAAUCCGUUCUAUAUACGUAUGCCGGAGCACGAUUUCAACAAGGCACAUCCGUGGGUGCGGGAAGCACUUGACGUUAUGCCUUGUUUCCAUUCAGUCAUCAUGUUCAGGUAUUGUAACGCGAAGUGUUACACGCUGGGACGGCCAAAGCCACCCAAGAACUGGGGUUCUUGAUAUCGAUAUGAACUAGUUUUUUGUUAUAAUUGAUGCAUGUUAGUCAUGGCUCGCAAUC